GCCAACCCCUGAUCCUACUCCAUCCUAAACUCUCUGAAUUGCGUAGCUUUCUCAAUUUCAUUUGAAUCAAUAUAUUCAAUCAACUGAACUUUGAAAUCUUCAUCCCUUCUUCACGGGGUUGAUUCACUCAUUCAAUCAAACAAUAAUCACCGCACACCGCAUCCCAGAUCCAUCUCCAGAAAAAUCCAUUUCAAUCGAAUAACCCAGAUCAUCGUUCCUGGAAUUAGACAGAAAAUUUUUAGCUUUUUUAAUUUUGGGUUGAAUUCCUGGAUAAUUGGGAUUUUUGGGGAAUUAGGGUUUUGGUUAUUUUUCGUUGAUAUGGAUUCUAGCAGGAGAGCGGUGGAAUCGUAUUGGAGAUCGCGGACGAUCGAUGCGGCAACGUCUGAUGAAGACAAAGUGACCCCCGUGUAUAAAUUAGAAGAAAUCUGCGAGCUUUUGCGAUCCUCGGAUGUUAGUAUUGUGAAGGAGGUCUCGGGGUUUAUCUUGAAGCGGCUUGAGCACAAAAGCCCAAUUGUCAAGCAGAAGGCUCUAAGGUUGAUAAAAUAUGCAGUGGUAAAGUCUGGUGUGGAAUUCAGAAGGGAGAUGCAACGAAAUUCAGUGGCAGUGCGUCAGUUAUUGCAUUACAAAGGACAGUUGGAUCCUUUGAAGGGCGAUGCCCCUAAUAAGGCUGUGCGAGAUACAGCUCAAGAGACUAUUUCUGCUAUAUUCUCAGAGGACAAUAAGCCAUCACCUGCUGAAGAUGUUAAUAGAAGAAUACAAGGAUUCGGGAAUACAAACUUUGAAACGCCAUCAGAAGAUAAAAAAUCGUUUCUUAGUGAGGUGGUUGGCCUUGGAAGUGCUUCUCUCAAGCAGGGGCUUAGUAGUUUCACCCAGGGCCAUUCACUUAGAAAGAGUGAUAAUGGAAGCUACAAGAGCCCCACCCUCCGAAGGUCUUUGACCACAGAAACUGACUACUCAGAUGGAUAUGAACCAGUUGUGUUAAGGAAUGAUGGGCAGGGUAGUUUGGGGAAAUCAAAAAAUGCAGCUAGUGGACCUUGGGGGCAGGAUUCAAGAGUAAUAAACACAGAAACAAAAAAUGGGGAUUCUUCUUCAAGUUACUCAGAGACCAAAACUCGUGAAGAGCGAUUGUUGGAGACCAUUGUAACAUCUGGUGGUGUUCGUCUACAACCCACUCGAGAUGCCAUUCAGGCUUUCCUUGUGGAGGCUGCAAAGCUGGACACUUUGGCUUUAAGUCAUGCCCUUGAAUCAAAGCUUCAAUCUCCAAUGUGGCAGGUUCGAAUGAAAGCUGUUUGUGUACUUGAGGCCCUUUUGAGGAGAAAGGAAGAUGAGCAUUUUUCAAUUGUAGCAUCUUAUUUCACCGAAAAUGAAGAUGUUUUGGUUAGGUGCUCUGAGUCUCCCCAGGCUUCUUUGAGAGACAAAGCUACCAAGGUUUUGACCUUGUUGAAUGUGGAACAUGGAGGUGGUUUGGUGAGUAAUUCAGAAAAGUCUGUGAAAGCAGAGACUAAUUCUUAUCAUGUGCCGAACUUGAUAGACACAAGUGAUUCACAUGACUAUUUUGGAACACAAGAUUCUACAGAGCAGCUAGAUGACCAAAAUGUGGCUAAUGCAACCCAGUCCACCCCUCUAAUUGAUGAUUUAUUUGGAGAUGGAAUGGGUGCUGGAGUCAGCACCACUGAAGAGAAAAACAAUGAUGACCCUUUUGCAGGUGUGUCAUUUCACACUGGUGAGGCCAAAGAAAAUGUGGGUGACCUCUUUUCUGGUUUGACCCUUGAUGACAAGUUGGCUGCAAAUGGCAAUCAUGUUGCCACAAAUAAAAAUGCAUCUGAGCUAUUUGAUAUAUUUGGGACCAGUACUGAUGUUCCCUUGGAUCAUGAGAACCAGAGAAAUGAUGUUAAUGAUAUAAUGGCUGGCUUAUCCAGUUACGAGAAGUCAUCAAAUACAAAGCAGAAAGGAACCUCUUUGGGGCCACUAUCUGAAAAUAUAUUUGCAGAUAUCAAUAUUCAUGCUAGUAAUCAGCCUUCCAAUGAUGCUUUAAGUGGCAUGCUUGGUUCCCAAACAGCUGGAAUGAAUGCAAAUCCUAUGAUUCCUUCAGGUGCUAUGCCAUAUAAUAUUCCUGCUGGCAUAAUGUUGAACCCGGCAUUUUCUUCUCAGCCUAUAAACUAUGCCACCAUGGGGAAUUUCAUCACUCAACAGCAGUUCCUAGCAACAAUGUCCAACUUCCAACACCUUGCAAACUUAAAUGGACAAAAUCCUGGUGUCAGUAAUGUUAGCGGAACCAAUGGAGGGUAUUCAUCACCCCUUCCUGAUAUUUUCCAGUUGAACUUCCCAAAUCAAACUCCAACUUCAAUGAUGAACAGUUCAAAGAAAGAGGAAACAAGAGCAUUUGACUUCAUUUCGGAUCACCUUGCUGCAGCUCGUGAUCCAAAGAAACUUCUUUAAAGAUUGGAGCCUACGAUAAAUGCCUUAGAAUCUCCUGGCUUUUCGAUGAUGGUAUUAUUCUUUCACAACGUUAGAGCUGUGAUAUUGCAUGAGUCUUUGACUAUGGCUUUGCUUGUUACAGACAUCCAAAAGUCGAAGAAAAUAGAUAGGUAUCAAGCUGUUAGGCGGUUCGUUUUGUAUUUGAGAUGAAAGAAAUUUGGGAAUAUGUUCGUGCAGUUAGCCAUCUUAGUUUUCUGAACACUAGUGCAUCUUUUUGUAAUGGAUUUGUAGAGCUUUGUUUUUCUUUUAUCAGAGCAAAAAUUCUCCUCGGCCUCUAGGAGACGUGCAUGCUUUUUGCAUUGGGAUUGGGAAAUCAAUAAAUAAUAUUAAUUAUU